CGCACAGUAGUGGCUGCACAUUGAAUGAAAGUCAGCACAGCAGCCUGCUCAGUACAGACUCAGAGGAAUAUUUUCACGCUGUCACCAUUUUUUACGUUUUUAUAAUAGGCAUUUUGUACGGCAGCAUUAUAUUAAGUGUACUUAUAAAGCGUGAUCAAAAAACACUGACGAUAUUUGUGGGGUAAGGACCAGGCUGUGUGUGUGGACAUGAAGUGGGACACUGCUCGACUGGUCGCUGGGCUCCUUGCUGCAGUGCUGUUGCUUUUGGCAGAGCAGUGCUGGGCAGACGGUGGUGGCCCCAGUCUCGCCGAACGGGUGAUUUGGGCGGUAAACUCUGGUGGUGAGGCCCAUUUGGACGUGCAUGGCAUCCAUUUCAAGAAGGACCCAUUAGAAGGAAAGGUUGGUAAAGCAUCUGAUUAUGGGGUGCGUCUGCCGAUCCUCCGGUCGAGUCCAGAAGACCAGAUUUUGUAUCAAACAGAACGCUACAAUGAGGACACAUUUGGAUAUGAGGUCCCCAUUCGAGAUGAAGGAGACUAUAUAUUAGUUCUGAAGUUUGCAGAGGUUUACUUUGCACAGUCACAACAAAAGGUUUUUGAUGUCCGUGUAAAUGGGCACAUAGUUGUAAAAGACCUGGAUAUCUUUGAUCGAGUAGGCCACAGCACUGCGCAUGACGAAAUAGUUCCCUUUUCUAUACGACGAGGAAAGCUCAGUGUCAAAGGAGAGGUAUCCACUUUCAAUGGCAAGCUCAAUGUGGAGUUUGUCAAGGGAUAUUAUGACAACCCAAAAGUCUGUGCUCUCUAUGUUAUGAAAGGGACACUGGAUGAUGUACCAAAACUUCAGCCUCACCCAGGUCUGGAGAAGCCUGAGGAGGAGGAUGAAGAGGAGGAGGAAACAGAGGGAGGAGAGGAAGGAGGAAAGAAGAAGGUUCCCCCAGGCUCUAAGACCAGGGUCCAGUCCGGACCUCGAACACCAAACCCGUAUGCAGCUGACAAUAGCAGCCUAAUGUUUCCAAUUCUGGUGGCUUUUGGGGUUUUCAUCCCCACAUUGUUCUGCCUAUGUCGGCUGUAAGAGACUUGAAAACAGACUAUAACAGAAGGGAGCAGGGGGCAAAGAUUGCAACACAGGUAAAGCAUACACACAGGACAAGACAGCAGAACAUGGGAGGACAAUAUCUUAUUUGGAAAGCCACUGCAAGAUGAUUCAGUCUCUGCUAUCAAAGGUGAAUAGUGGAGAGUGUUGGCCACGCUUCUUGUGAUUGUGUUUUGCAUCCACCUAUGCUGACCCUUUCUGAACAAUCUUAGUCAUUUUUUCACUCUUGACUUGGCAGGGUUUACUCCUGCCCUGUCAUUUUCUGCAGCUCGUGGGUGCUCAGGAGUGACUUAUCUGGGCCUAGACAAAAGCAUUGGGUUUUUGUUUUUUGUUUAUUUUUUGGACUGAGUGUAGCGAGAAACUGCACUUGGAUCAACACUCCUGCUCAACAUCUGGUUGACACAGAAAAAAAAAUUUGGAUUGACAAAAGCGCUGCUAAGAAAAGAUAGGAAACUAAGCAGUAAGUGAACAUACGGUUUGAGUUCUAAGGGGCUUUCUGUUUGUUGAAUCUGUCUUUUUGAAUUAAUUUGCCAUGACAUCUUAAAAAGGUAAACCAUACUGCAGUUAAACCAGCCCUUUACCUGACAGCCUUAUGUGUCAGAUGUCAUCUUGCCUUUAUCUUUGCAUUUUUUGUGUCUUGCUUGUUUAAAUGUAUUUUAAUGUAGUAAUUUGUUUCACCAAAUACUGAUUUAGGGCUGUUACUCCUACAGCCUUGAUUUGUUUUCCCCUUUGAAAGACACUGAUGAAUGCAUUUAGUGAGAGGCAAAGUUAAUGUGCCAUUAGGCCUUUUGGUCACAGCUCCUCUUUCAUUAAUUGCUUGUGUUUUUUUGUUUUUUUUCUUGAUUCUCUUUUCUUUUGCCUGCCUUUUUAUUAACAAAAUGUCUAUAUCACAAUUGUUUACUUUUACAAAUGCUUGAUUUAAAAAAAAAAGUAUAUUCCUAUUAUGCGUUUUUAAAAACGUUUAAGUCAGUGAACUGAAAUUUAAACUCCCAUAUUUCACUGACAAGGAAAAACUUCUUGACCUCUUAGCCAAACAUUAUGUAACUUUGUGGAAGAAAUACAGUAUAUAAAGUAGUUAGAACUAUCCCUUAUUUUUAAAAAAAAGUCUUGACGUGCCAUGAUUUGAGCCAUAUUAUGUCUAUUUAUACUUAAUGUUCAAAUGAUUUAUAAAAUAGGUGCUAAUUGUUCCUACACUGGCCCCACUUUCAAAAAGCACAAUCUCAAGAAAAACGUUUACUGAGGGGAGACUUCAGUUAUCAUUUGUCCCCUUAAUUUUAAUUUCCAGUGUAAAUGUAAGUGCAUUUGUUAGUGUGCUCUGCAAAAGUCUUAGUCAGGUUUUUAGAAACCUAGGCUAUGAAUUAUGACUUGUUCAAAUAUAUCCUCUGCUAAGGCACUGAUCUCCCAGUGGAAAAGAUAACUGUAUAAAGACCUAUGUUUAAAGCGUUUUCUUUAGUGGUAAAUUUAAUCAAAUGUUUGUAUGAAAGGAGAGAAUCUACUAAAACUAUAAUUUCUUAGUGAGUGCUUAGUGAAAGCAUAGACCUCAAGGUUAUACAAAACAUUACUGGGUAAAACUUUUGCAAAGCCUGAUAGAAUAUAAACCUAUGUUGAAACCAUUUGCCUAUUUUGCUUGGUGUAAGUGCUGCCUUUGGACAAUGAUAUUAUUAUUUUAGGAAUAAAGUAUCUUUAUUCUCAUUAUUUCCAGAGCUGUGUUGUGGACCCUCCUAUUUAUGUCUCUAAUUUCCUUCUCCUAAUGCCUUGUUCUGGUCCAAGGACGCUGUUGUAACUUUGCCUGUUGCACUAAUGCUUCUUAAAUGUCCCCUAAGACUCCCUCCUGCCUUUUGAGUAUUGCUGUAUCCCAAAUGCAGUACCUGAGAAAUGGCUAUGGACCUCUCCUUUACUACCUUGUGCAAAAAGAUGGUGCCAGAAAGUAUGUAUAUUAGGAUUAGUUUUAAAUUCAGCACCAAAGUCACUAUGUUUUGUCCGUUUAAACGAUGCUACACAGCUGCGUGUGUAUAUAAGGUACAUGCUCACACCGAUACUGUGUGACAAAGAUGGCGAUCACUUUUAUUUUGUAGUUUUGGGUAAUUAUACUUAUUCUUGUGAGGCCUUUAUUUUGAAAAGGAACGGUUGUUGGUAUAGGUUGGUAUAAAAAUGAAUAGGUUGCAAUAAAAUGAACUGUUAAAGAAAAUUUUAAUUAGAUUAAUUCUGAAUAUAUGGGAUCUUCCAUUCUAUAAAGGUAUAUAAUUUAAAUGAAUGGGGCUGGUCUGGAGAUAUUUUAUGAUCCACUUGAUUUGUAUGUUUGAGUUUUCUGCCUCAGGAUCUUGUUUUGUUUGAUUUUUAAAAACUUGAUAUUUUAUUGGUGUGUUUUUUGCACUGCCUCAUGUUUUUUUUGAAAAAUUUUGUCAUUUUUGUGUUUCUAUGUUGCCUUGAAUUAUUGAAUACAUGGCUUUUCCAACACUCGGCUUGAGGUCACUCUUCUCUUGGAUUGCAUCAAAAAUUUUCUUAUUCCUUCCUCCACAGUAAAAGUCCAAGGAUAGACUUUAAUUGCUGAGGCUCCCCUUGCUUCAGUGUAACUGCAGUCUUCCCCUUUUGGAUUGUAAAAAAGAAACAAUCCUCUGAUCAAACCUCUCAAGGUGUGGACAACUCUAGACUGAAUAACUUGUCUCAAAUUGUUUAGAAAAAAAACCAAACUGUUUGCUUCACUUUUCUUCUUCGUUUUAGUUUUAGUGUAACACAUUUUCAGCACCACAAAUCCCCCUUUUGGAGUAUAAUCCACACCACACAUUUUUGUUGAUAUGAAAAGUUCUUUGGUUACCAUCUUUUUUUUUUCUAUUAUUUUGAAGGAGCUUGAGUAGUACAGAUACAGUACAUGACUAGAAUUUUUAAAUCAUGGAGUUUGCUAACCAAACAUAAUGGCCUAUACCAUCACAGUGUUGCAGUUCAUUUGAGCAUUAUAUGAAAAUAAUAAGGAUAUGUAUAAAAUGUGUUCUUGAGGGCUACACCUGCAGCAAGAAAACAGAGACAUGUAUUCAACACUGAACUUUCUCAGAUGUGACAUAUCUGCAAAAUGGCAAAUUCUGAUAAAUGCUGUCUCUUUUUAAUAAAUGUGCUAUUUUAUCAGAA